UCAAAAUACUAGCUCGCUUCUUUUUUUCUUUUUCUUUUUUACGGUUUAUUUUCCCAUUCGAUAUUCUCUGCUGCUCUAUAAAAUUUAGACUUUGGUGAACUAUUAAUCUGUCGUGUGCAUUAUAAUUCUGUAUGAAAUAAGAAGAGCAGAGAAAAACUCGUCCAAAGCUUCGAAUUUCUGUCGGCUCUGUUCAAAAUGUUUUUUUAUUUAAUUUUUCUAAUUUUCUUUUCCUCUGUAGAUCAUCUCUCUCUCUCAUUCAUUUUAAAUUAAAGAUUUUCUAAUUUUUUAUUUUUCUUUCGUUUAAUUCAUUGAGUUUCUGUUGCAAGAACGCCGUUACGCCAGUAAUUACAUGAUCGUCUUCCUUUUGGUUUGUGUAUUACAAUGACAUUCAAGAAUAUACUUUAGCAGGAAAUUCAUGAGUUUCAAAACAUAAUUUGUAAAUUGAAUAGGAUAAAUUUAUACCUAAAUUGUAAGUGAGAACUAAAAGAGUUCAAGAUUUGGCAUAAUUCACAGGCAAAUUCAUAGAAUCUUGGCGAUGGAAUUUCAGGAAAGCUCAACAUCCAAUGGAAGGCCUUCUUCACAGUAACAGCGGCAAUUCGAAUAUCCCUCGACUCAAUGGCGGCCUGAACGGCGGGGUUCUGAUGCCGAUGCAGAUGGACAACCAGUCGCUAUUCGGAAAGGGCCGCCACUCCUACAUCCACCACCACCAGCAGUCCAAGAGCCCAACCCUAGCGGGUUCCUACAACGAGAACCUCGAUCUCGGAGACUCACCGCUCUUUCGGUAUCUCCGCACCGGGUCUCCAGAUUCAUAUAAGCGCCCGCCGCUCUCGUCAGUGGAGAACUUGGAGAUGGCGUGGUCACCAAGCAUUUUCUCCACGCCGGUGAAAGUGGAGGAGGAGGUGCUGGUCAUGGAUGGAAUUUUGGUCGCCUCGUUACCUCCGGGCGGAAGGUACGCGAGGUCGGCGACGGACUCUGGGGGCUCGACAACGUCAUCUUCUUCCUCGUCCGGUGGGAAGAGUCUGUACAAGACCGAGAUUUGCCGCUCCUGGGAAGAUUCAGGUAGCUGCCGCUACGGCUCCAAAUGUCAGUUUGCACAUGGAAAAGAAGAGCUACGUCCAACUCGUUUCCCUGCCAAGAACAAAUCUGAGGUACAGAUGUACAAGUCAUGCAGUGGCACGGGAUCGGGCAUAUACGGGGCAAAGAAUCGCCAUGUUCAUCAAGUCGUGGCAGCGGCAGGAACUGUAGCAGCAGCAGCAGCAGCGACAACCCAAACACGCUCGCCCGCCAAACCUGAAACAGCCUCACCCCGCCAACCUGAAGAUAUGAAAAAGAAGCCCAAAACUACCAUCAGCAGGAACAACUGGUCUCCGCAAGACGAUGGCAUUGAGACUCUAUUGCCUCAUUCUUCAUCCAAAAAGCCUCCAUCAAGAACAGAUGUUGAUGCCCAUAUUGAUUAUACUCUCUAUGGUCCUACUCCAAGAAAGAGACUGGCAGUGUUUGCCGACAUUCGCUCGGAGCGGUGAUCUCAUUUUGCUUGGGAGAAACCUGCUUUCUGCAGCAAAAGGUACAUAAUAUACAAUAAGUACUUCCUGCAAUGGCAGUAACUGGGAUUAGAUAUUCAUAAUCGUCUUUGUCGAGGGCGUAUGACACAGUUUCGAUAGUGCUUCCUUACAAACAAUUACAGCAUAUACAUACAGAUUGACUUGAGUAGAAUACACAUAAAUGCAGUUUGUCCCUCAA